AUGGACACAUUACAUACCCUAAAACCUAAACUUCUCCCGACUACCACAGCAGUACUAAAGGUAUGGGAUGAAUUUAUGGGUUCACUAGGUUGGAAAUCACAUCUCCACCCCAAAGCCCCACUGACAGUGCUCAAAGCUCUAUCUCCAGAUCUUCCCAUGCAUACAUGGAGCUGUUUGGUCAUCACCCCUAUUGCCCAAAUAUAUGAUAGACAUACCUUCAGACCAUUCCACGAUUUGCAGAUUAUAUGGAACAUCCCUGCACGCCACCAAUUUACUUACCUCCAACUUAAAAGUCUCCUGACGGCCCAUGUCCUGCACAAACCAUCUGUAGAUGAUACAACCCCGUUAACGCCUCAGUUGACACUGGACAGAUGUUGGACAGCACCUAAGAAACCCAAAGCCCUGUCGCUAUGUUACAAAACUUGGCUAGAACUGACACCCCAGACUAACCCAGAAUGCAAGAACCAAUGGGACUGA